UUUUACGAUUAUUUAUUUGAAUUGCGCGCCCUCCAGUUUCACCGGAAGUUGUCCAAAUAGUGGGACGCCUAGGCUUAAGAAGUUUUAAUACACUAUUAAUGAAUUUGUCAGAAUACCUAUGACUUCUCCAAAUGGGGGGACUAGAUACAUAAAGUGCUUUCAUUUCUAAACGGUGAAAGAGAUAUGUAUGAAAAUCCCCUUGAAUUACAUUAUACUCAACACAUAUUAAACAUUUGAUCUCAAAUCCAAAAUGCUGGAGUAUAGAGCCAUAUUUAAAAUGUUAGCUUCAAUGUCAAAAUAGAUAUGGUGUGGACUAUAUACUCAAUACAAUCUAAAUCUGAUACCUCACUGUCUGUAUUUUGACUGAUACUGCUUUUUAAACUGGUCUGGUCAGUCUAAUCAAAUAUUUGUACUUGAUAUUUUUCUCUCUACAGGCAAUACUUUGAUAAAUUGUUAUUUCUAAUAAUGAUACGUUCAUUUAUGAAUAGAUUGCCAGGUUUCAGGACACUGAUAUAUCUGAAUAUUUAGAAAAAAAUAUACUACCACUAUUUUCACCACCAAGAAUAGCAGUGUGAUUUUUAAAAUUAUUUUACUCUUUGCAGGCUUUCAGGCUGUCAAGUCACAGAGGAAGGCUGUGCUUCUCUGGUCUCAGUUCUGAGGUCAAACCCCUCACACCUGAGAGAGCUGGACCUGAGCUACAAUCACCCAGGAGACUCAGGAGUCAGAUUGCUCUCUGCUUGGCUGGAGGAUCCACACUGCAGACUGAAGAAACUCAAUGUGGACAAUUGUGGAGAGUAUACAAUGAAACCUGGGCUUAGAAAAUAUGCCUGUGAUCUCACACUGGACCCAAACACAGUAAACAGACUCCUCUUUCUGUCUGAGGAGAACAGAAAGGUAAUGCGUAGGAGAGACGAGCAGCCUUAUCCUGAUCACCCAGAGAGAUUUGACUACUGGGGACAGGUGCUGUGUAGAGAGGGUCUGACUGGGCGCUGUUACUGGGAGGUAGAGUCGAGCGGGAGUGAGGCUGAUAUAGGAGUGACAUAUAAAGGAAUCAGCAGGAGAGGAAAGGGUAAGGACUGUCUGAUUGGGUUUAAUGACAAGUCCUGGCAUCUGUUUUGCGCUGACAACAUUUACAUGGCCGUGCACAAAAAUAAUCACACUAUCAUAGACAUUCCCCCCUCCAGUUUCCAUAAAGUUGGAGUGUAUCUAGACUGGCCAGCCGGCACUCUGUCCUUCUAUAGAGUCUCCUCUGACACACUGACCCACCUGUACACAUUCUACACCACAUUCACUGAGCCCCUCUAUCCAGGGUUUUAUGUUUAUGAUGUUACCUCCUCAGUGUCCCUGUGUCAGGUGGUCCCUGUGUCAAACACAACAUGAUGUUUCACUCUGGUCAUGUGUUUUAUGUUUGAUCACAAUAUGACAUUUAAAUACAUGGAGUAACACACCCGUUUGAUCCAGUUUAUUCCUGUAAAUAAAAACCAUGGUAACUCUG